UAACUCGGACAUAAACUCUACUAAACGACAUUUUUACUGUCUUGAAAAGUACUUCUGGGAUCACAGCAUUGUUCCUCUGUUACUGUUCCACUAAGGUUGUGCAGAAGCCAGAAAAAAAAGGAGUUGUCAUCAUGGUGCUAAUGAUACUACCAUUCAUUGGAUCAGUGUCGGUAUCCGAGAGUCUGGUGGCCAUGACAACAGUGUGUUUGGUCUACCUGAUCCUCAAGUUUUUCCGCACUGAUAUUCCUGAGGGGCUUCGUCGCCUGCCUGGACCGAAGCCCCUGCCAAUCAUUGGGAAUGUGCUGGAGGUGGGAAGCAAACCUUACCUGAGUCUCACCGCCAUGAGCAAGCUCUACGGCAACGUCUUCCAGAUCCAGAUCGGCAUGCGCCCCGUUGUUGUUCUGAGUGGCAGCGAAACAGUUCGACAGGCUCUCAUCAAGCAAGGGGAUGAUUUCUCUGGCAGACCUGACCUGUACAGCUUCCGGUUCAUCAAUGAUGGCAAGAGUCUGGCCUUCAGCACAGACAAAGCAGGUGUCUGGCGUGCCCGCAGGAAGCUGGCCUACAAUGCCCUGCGCUCCUUCUCCAUCCUGGAGGGCACGACCCCAGAGUACUCCUGCAUGCUGGAGGAACACAUCUGCAAAGAGGGAGAGUAUCUGAUCAAACAGGUCGACAAAGUCAUGAGGGCUGAUGGCAGCUUUGACCCCUUCCGCCACAUUGUUGUCUCCGUUGCAAAUGUGAUCUGUGGAAUGUGCUUUGGACGACGCUACAGCCACGAUGACCAGGAGCUGUUGAGCUUGGUGAACCUCAGUGAUCAGUUCACUCAGGUGGUGGGGAGCGGUAAUCCAGCAGACUUCAUCCCUGCUCUUCAAUUCUUGCCCAGCACUACAAUGAAAAAGUUUCUGAACAUCAAUGCCCGCUUUAGCAAAUUUGUGCAAAAGAUCGUCACUGAGCACUAUGCCACUUACAACAAGGACAACAUUCGUGACAUCACUGACUCCCUGAUUGAUCACUGUGAAGACAGGAAGCUGGAUGAGAACUCCAAUAUCCAGAUGUCAGAUGAGAAGAUUGUGGGAAUUGUCAAUGACCUGUUUGGAGCUGGUUUUGACACCAUCUCAACAUGCCUGUCUUGGUCAGUCAUGUACCUGGUGGCGUACCCAGAGAUUCAGGAAAGACUAUAUCAAGAAAUAAAGGACCAAGUGGGUGUCGAUCGCACGCCUCUCCUCUCUGAUAAACCCCAUUUACCCUUAUUGGAGGCCUUCAUCCUGGAGAUCUUUCGCCAUUCCUCAUUCCUUCCCUUCACUAUCCCUCACUGCACGACAAGAGACACAUCUCUGAAUGGCUACUUCAUUCCCAAAGACACCUGUGUCUUCAUCAAUCAGUGGCAGAUCAAUCAAGAUCCUGAGAUCUGGAAAGAUCCGACUUCUUUCAACCCAGACCGCUUCCUGAGCGCUGAUGGCACUGAAGUCAACAAGCUUGAGGGGGAGAAGGUGAUGGUUUUUGGCAUGGGAAAGCGGCGCUGCAUUGGCGAGGUCAUUGCACGAAAUGAAGUCUUCCUCUUCUUGGCAAUCAUCAUCCAGAAGCUGCGCUUUCACACGAAGCCUGGAGAGCCACUGGACAUGACCCCAGAAUAUGGUCUCACAAUGAGAAGCAAACGCUGCCACCUGACAGCCACAUUGCGACAGAAGAGUGAACAGUGAAGCUAUUUAUAAUGUGCAAUAUAUGACUCAAUAGCUGGUAUAAGUUGACUCUUACAAUGUAUGGGUCACAGUCAGUGUAACAGUCAGUGAAAGAAGCAGCUUUCUCAGAAUGUAACGCAUCGAAUGCUGAAUUUGAUCUACAGAGCUAAUGGCAUUGAAGCAAUUAAGUGAAAUGCUUGUUGCAGGUUGUCAGAGAUGUCUUGGUUUGUGUGAACACAUCUCUAUCAUGUAUUUUGAUUCUCUAAGAGAUGUUCCUGCAAAGGGAAAGGGUUGGUGCUUCUCAAUGAAGUAUAAGGAAAUACCUGGUUCUCCUGUGGUGUGUAGUAAAUGGCUCACAUUAAGAAGUUGUAAAAAAAAAAAAAAAAAAAAUCCUCAGAGACUAAGUUGCCUUGUUUAACUUUGGGACACAAAGUAUGUUUUGCUGAAUAGGCAUUACUAUUUAGGCCACUGGAACCUGAAUUGUUUUCUUCUGUGACACAGGACUCUAAACUAAAUCUAUAUUACCUUAUGAUACCAUUGCCACUUGUAAGCUAAUUAUUUGUAUUACAUUAUAAUGUGGAUGUAAGACACUGAAGCUAUAAUUGUAUCCCAAAAAUGUGAUUUUGUGUGUAUACCACGCUUGUAUUUUAUAAAGUCAUUUUUUUUAUGUGCCUAGCAUUUGUAUAUAUUUGAGGUGAAAUAGUUUUGCUCUGCAUCUAUAUGAAAUAUCAGGACACCAAAAGAGUUCCAGUGAUUUUUUGAAUAUAUUAGUAGGCUAUACAGUUUUGUACUUCUGUCUCUAAUGUAUCAAUGAUUGUAUAACGUGGAAGGGCAUGUGAUCUGAGCAUCUUUUAAUCAGCCACUUAAAUAAACAUGUUGAGAUGA